CAUUGAAUCUGCCUCUCCAUUCCAAUCAGCUCCCGGCUAUCGGUAGACCCCCAAGCACUCCCUAGUCUCCUCACUUCUCCCGUUCUCCUUCCCCAUUCUUCAUCUCCCAUAUCUCUCUUUUCUCUUCUAAUAAUCUCCUGCAACCUUCUUCAUACUUCAUCCCCGAGGCACUGCAAAGUCUACAACCUCGUGCCGGCCACCGCACAACUCACAACCGCACAAACACAUUCCGUUAAACAGAAUCUGAUAUGUUUUGGGAACUCAUUUGAAUUGUGGGUUGUGAUCAUCAGAAGUGAUGGCAAGCAAGGCUGUGAAAACUAUGGCAAAAGCAGUAACUGAAUACCAAUAUCCCUGGCAGGAGAAGCUAGUGAAGUACAAAGAUGAGCUUACCAAUGGCGUUUGGGGUUACUGGGAGCUUGGGGCGUGGAAGCCUCUUGGUAUUAGUGCUCGUCGCCGUGCUAGACUUCGCAAAGAAGUAUUAAUGGCAGGACAAGACUGGCCGUAUGAUCCCGAAAGGAAAGAGAUGAGAACUAAGAGGAAAGGGCACAAGUGUGAUAGAAUUUCAGCCGAGAAACGGGCUCAAACCGCUGAAUUGAUGAAGAAGAUGCCACAAAUGUUGCUGGAUUACAAGAAACGUAGAUGGGAGAAAAAGAUGAAGGCAGAGGAUGAUGCCAACAAGUAAAUUAGUUGAUCCUCUGAAGAUUUCAAUACUUUCAAUUGUUAAGCUUCAUCUUCUGUAGUGAGAAGUAGAAUGUCAUGUUUCUCUUGUUUCAGGACUUACGAAUGGUGGUAGAAUGUAAUAUUUUCGAUCAUCAAACUUGAAUCUUGAUGUUCCAACUAUGUUUAUAGCUUCAUCGAAACAGUGUAUUACGUAAGAUUAGCAACUUAUUUUUCGAUUUUUAAAAAGAAAAGCAAAUAUUGAUACAUUGCUACUUUCCAUCAAACCAAGUUGUUUUCUGAUGGGUUCAC